AGGGACCUUUUCCCUCUCACCGGAUUGCAGCACAGACUGCCAGACCCACUGUCUCAUAGACUGCGGGCAGGGACAUUACUACGUAGCUGGCAACUGCUUGGAAUGUCCGACAGGUUUCUAUUGCCCUGGGGGUCAAGCAGCUCCGAGGAAAUGCCCGCUGGGAACAGCCAAUGAACUUACUGCUCAAGCAGAGAUCACAGCCUGCCGGGUUUGUCCCAAUGGCUGUCUCAGCCUUGAGAGCGGAGGUGGGUGCCGUGCGUGUCCGGAUGGUUAUUCCUGUGAUCCACGUAGUGGUGUGCAGAGGAGCUGCAGUCCUGGGUAGUCCAACUCACCAGAGGGAGAGUUGGAGUGUCGGGCAUGUCCAGAGGGAUACAUCUGCCCAGACGGACAGAGCAGACAGGUCACUUCUGUUCUGAUGGCCUUGCGGUCCCUCCGUGCCCAGCAGGGAGUUUCAAGCCCAAGGAGGGACUUCACACACCCAGCAGAAGCUCCUCAUGCUUGCGAGGAAUUGGAUUGUGUUGGAAGAAAUACCUGCUGGGUAUUUUUGUCCUGCUGGAGCAAGUUGCCCGGUGCCGUGCCAGCCAGGUACAUACAAUCCUCUCCAAGGACCGGAUGAAGCCGCCGAUUGCCGAGCCUGCCCAGCAGGGAGAGCUUGUACUCAGACUGGUUCUGAGCAUAUUUGCUGGUGCUACAGUCACGUCUAUGGCUGGUGGCCAUAGUGCUGGGGAUUGGAGUUUGGACUCCAGGGUUCUCAUCUCAGCUAAGGAGACUGUGCUGAGGGAUUCUGGUGCCCGAGUAAGAAACCCCCAAGAUGGGAGAAUCAGGACUUCCUUGUCCUCCUGGUCAUUAUUGUCCUGAAGGUGCUCUGCUUCUGUUGCAGUGCCCUCCUGGCACGUGGUCUGGCAGUGAAGGUAGAAGGAGUGUGCAGGAAUGCCAGCCGUGUCCUGGGGGGUAUUACUGCAACAGCUCUGGGCAGAGGGCACCCUCAGGACACUGCAGCCCAGGGUACUACUGUGUCACUAAAGCCCAGACCCCAACACCCACUGAUGGCCUCUCAGGAGCUCCGUGUCCAGUCAGUCACUUUUGUCCUCUUGGAUCCGGGAGUCCAGCCCCGUGCCCCCCUGGCUCCCACAUGCCGCACACCCACGGAGAGCAGUGCUAUCCUUGCCCAGUGGGUGAAUUCUGUGUCUCUGGUGAGAAGCCACAGCUGUGUCCCCAGGGGUAUUUCUGUCCCGAGGGCACAGCUCUUCCGAUUGCUUGUCUGGCCGGGUCCUAUAACCCUUCACAAAGGCAAGCCAGCUGCCUCCCCUGUCCUGAAGGUGAUCACGGAGCAGUGUGUGGUGGGAAAAUGACUUCAUUUACUACUGAAAAGCACUUUGAGAAGGAAGCAGAGCAACUAUUGAGCUCUGUUAAGCAACACUGUAUAAUUGAUUAUGGGACCAGGCAAAGUCCUAAACCCAGCUGCUUCUGCCCCAAAAAUUCCUCUUCCUUUUUGGAGAACGAAUGUUCAGCCGGCCACUACUGCCCUCCCGGUACUGCUUCUGCAACUCAGUUCCCGUGUCCUCAGGGGACUUACAACCCACAGCCUGGAAGCAGCCUGAUGUCUCGCUGCACCCCCUGUGACCCAGGGCACCCACGCGUUACAGGACCCUGUUUGUCUGGGUUCUACUGCAGCAGAGGUGUUUCUAGUCCCACACCUACAGAUGGUCUUCUGGGGAAUGCAUGCCCCAAGGGAAAUUACUGUCCUCUGGGCUCUGCCUUUCCACAGCCGUGUCCUCCUGGUUAUUAUAGCAACUCAACUGGGAAUACUGGGAUUGAGGACUGUCUCCUGUGUGAUGCAGGGUACUACUGCAAUGGGACUGGACUUGUGUCUCCAACUGGAUUAUGUGAGGCUGAAUUCUACUGUAGUGGAGGAGCCAUUUCUUCUAAACCUCCCAGGACAACAGUCAGUGGAGGACCGUGUCCACCUGGACACUACUGUGUUGUGGGGAGCACCAGAGCCCGGCCGUGCCCUGCAGGGAGUUACAGCCCAUCUUGGAGCAUGGCACAGUGUCUGGAGUGCCCAGAGGGCUUUUACUGCACAGUGGCUUCCACAAACUACACGGAUUGCCCUGCAGGUCACUAUUGCCCCAGGAAUACACAGUUUGCCACACAGUAUUGUUGUCCCUGUGGAACCUAUAGUGAAGCUUUAAAUAUCUGGGAUGCUUCCAAGUGCCAGCUGUGUUCUCCUGGAAGGGUCUCUUCCAAGCCGGGUUUAGCAAGACUGGAUGGACUGUGCAUGCCUGGAUGGUUUUGUCCGCCUGGAUCCACAUCAAGCAAACCAGUGUUUCCUGGAAAUUACACUGCAGGCACAACAGCUUCAGCUUCUGGGUCUGUUGGGUUGUGCCAAGGACCUUUUGUCCUGCUAGUUCAUUUCUUCCUCUGCCCUGCACUCCAGGUUUGUCCUGUGCAACUGCAGAGCUCGCAGCUCUGUCAGGUCCUUGCGAGGCUGGCUUCUACUGCACAGGGAGCUCCACGCUCCCAAACCCCAUGGAUGGAGCAGUGGGGAACAUUUGUCCUCGAGGCCACUUUUGUCCUGCAGGGAGUUCUUCUCCAUCUCCAUGUCCCCCAGGCUCCUUUUUGGCUCAUCGUGGUGGCCAGUCAGCACAGGACUGCCAGGCCUGCGUCCCAGGGAGGCUCUGUUCUCAGCGAGGUCAGAGCUCCCUGGCGGGCUUGUGUAAAGAAGGAUGGUUUUGCCCAGAGGGCUCUGUGUCAGGCCAGCAUUCAGGUUCUGUGCCCCAGAAGACCACCCAGCUGAUCUCCAAGAGAACUUCUCACAAGGUGUGGUCAAGCCAAUAGAAUGUCCAGCAGGAUAUUACUGCCCAUCGGGAACAAGAGCUGCCAAUCAGUACCCGUGCCCAGAGGGCACCUACAGUAACCAAACUGGAGUGGGAAAUCCCAGGGAGUGCAAGCCUUGUCCUGGAAGCACGUUUUGUGCCAGUGCAGGACUCUCGUCCCCAAGCGGUCCUUGUUUGCCUGGGUAUUACUGCACUUCGAAGGCCCGUAUACCCAAUCCUGUCAAUGAUGAGACAGGCAGCCUUUGCCCAGCAGGCCGUCACUGCCCACCUGGCAGCAGCAAGCCAGAGCUAUGUCCCACUGGCACGUUCUUACCUCGGUCUGGGAUGGUUUACCGUAAUGCCUGUCUGCCCUGCCCUGGGGGGAAGUUCUGCCAAGGAGAAGGCCUGGCCAUGGUUUCUGGAACAUGUUACGCCGGAUAUUUCUGUGAUCUUGGAUCCACACAACCAGAUCAUAAGCAUUGCCCCCCCUGGCUUCUACUGUCCCGAAGGCUCUGAAUCCCCGAUCCCAUGCAGCCCUGGAAGCUUCAACUCCGAGAGUGGAAAAUGGCAGUCGACAGACUGUCAGCUCUGCCCAGCUGGAUACUUCUGCACUGGGGAGGAACUGAAGCAACAGGGAGGAAAUGACUGAGCUCACAUGAGUCUGUACCAGAGCUGGGACCGCAUCAGAGAGCCUCAGAAACACAGUUGAGCAUUUUAUUUGGAAGAUGUCUGCUUUCGGAUGAGAUGAAUUGCAUUUGAAGUGCAUUUCCUCUGGAAGUGCUGUUUCUUUCCAAUUACUGCAUUGGGAAUCUGAACAACUAAAUGAGUACUCGGGAUGAAUCCAGUGUCCUGCAUGUAGAUGAAGUCACAGGGGAGGAGGAGUGCCUGUGUUGACAGAGAAUGGCAUUGCCUGUCACCUCUCAUAAUAUCUCCUACGCAAGAUGCAGUUCUUUGUAUCCUAGGUUCUGGAGCACGUACUCGUGAGCUGUGUCCUGCUGGGUACUUCUGUCUGCCAGGUACCAACUUCAGUACAGAGCAUCUGUGUCCCAAGGGUACCUUUGGCCCCAGGACUGGUGCCACUGGUGAGUCUGACUGGGAGCCCUGCCCAGCAGGUGAGUGGGGGCUUGGCACAAGAAACCCAGGGGGACAUACAUGGGAAGGUUGGGGAAAAUAUGACUUCUUCCUUCAUCUUAUUGACUCCUCUGCUGAUCUUCUGUGCAGGCCCUCACACUGAGAUAGCUUUUCUGUUCGUUUUAGGCAUGUAUUGCUCAGCACCAGGUCUGCCACAGCCUUCUGGAUUUUGCCAUUCAGGUUAUCGUUGUGCCAAGGGAGCCAUCAGCCCAGCUCCCUUCAAACCCAGGAUGAGUGAGUGCCAGGGGGCAGCACGGCAUUCCUAGUGACUCCUGGGAACAAGGACUGGACCUUCACAACCUUGUAGCUCCUGGUGUAACGUUUUCCCAGCAUUACUGCUCUGUAUGGGGCUGCUCAUGUCUUUUACUGCUGCCCUAGAGAGCUCCUCAAAUGUGAUGACAUGCUGCUCUUAAUGUCUGAUGGAAUAUGUUGCUGCCUACUAAUAAAUUCUGGCCAGACCUCCAUUUCUGUAGAUUGCACCUCCAAAAGAUGGCAUCAGGGAUAAGGUAGCCUGCCUCAGCAGCCAGUACCUUUUUUUAUUCUAGCUGUGGUUGGAAUAAAAUUUAGUUUCAGUGGGAGCAAACUUGUAGGACUCGGCUCUUAUGUGUCCUUUCCAGAACCUGCCUCUGUAGUACAUUGUGCUAAAUCUUCUUUCAAUAACACUUUUUCUCUCCUUCUCUGUAUUUUCCUGAUACAGGUGGAAUCUUCCAGCCUUGAUCUGCCUAGUAAUGACAUCUGUCCUGCGGGGCAUUUCUGCCCCAGUGGUACUGGGUAUCCUGUGCCCUGUCCUCCUGGAUCCUUCUCUACGGUGGUGGGCCUGGAGGCAGAGGAGCAGUGCCAGCCCUGCCCGGCCGGACAUUAUUGCAGCGGGGCAGGAUUGUCUGAUCUGGCCCAGACAUCGCUGUGUAACGCAGGGUGCAGUGAGACAGUCACUUGGGAGUGGGAAAAUAGAGCUAUAGCAGGAUUGCUACAGGUUAUAGUAGAGGGACAUCCAAACUAGAAGAUACUGGGCCUGAAUAUUUCUUGCUGAAUGCCUUGUGUGCAAAAAUUAAUAAAACCUUGAAGACUUUGUUCUUGGCCCUUUGGGUCAGCUAUACAGCAUCUACUUCGUGAUCUCAGUAGGUGUUUCUGAGCGAUUCCUUUUCCCUUUGUGUUUGCCUGACAUUCUGUUUCAGCCUUAUACAUGUAUUUUCACUGUUUUCACCAUAGGUUUAGUGUAUUAUCAAUCCCUUCUUUAGC